UAAUCGAGCGUCGAGCUACAAGGUCCGCGUUAACGCACGCUUCUCCUCGGAUGGGAUCCUCGGUAAACACCGCAUAGCUGCCUCCGACGCGGAGCUCCAGCCCUGCAUCGUCCCCCACAAGUUGUUAGCGUGUGUGUGCGUGUGUGUGUAUGUGUGUGUGUGUGGAGCAAGAGGCGGGCUUCUCUUGUUUAUCAAAAAAUGACUCGACAUGACUCGAUAUACACGGAAAACGACCCUGGGAACCGUAACCGGCUGCGAGAGUGAGGCGCAGAUCAUCUGAAUGAAAGUCAAAAGUGUGGUUGGGUGGCCAUGGACCCAUUCAGCCUGCUCAUCCUCACCAUCUCGGUGAUCAGUUUCUUCUCCUUCCAGUGGCUCUUCCACUGGCUCAGCCCCUGGGUGUCCUCACGCAUCAGCUCCAGCUUCCUCAGCCUCAGUGACAAGCAGAAGGUGGAGUGGAACUCAAGGACGGUGUCGACGUUUCACGCGCUGUUGGUGGGAAUCUUCUGUCUCUACAUCUUGUUCUUUGAUGAUCCCGUCAAUGAAGACCCAGUCUGGGGAGAUCCUACACUGGUGAAGACUAAUGUUGCCAUCACAACAGGCUACCUCAUAUCUGAUCUGCUGCUAAUAUUUUACUAUUGGAAGGCGAUAGGCGACAAGUUUUUUGUAGUUCACCACCUGGCAGCGUUGUAUGCUUACUACUAUGUACUGGGCUUAGGAAUGUUGCCUUAUUUUGCUAACUUCCGUCUGCUUGCGGAGUUUUCCACGCCAUGUGUUAACCAGCGCUGGUUCUUUGAGGUACUAGGUUAUCCUAAGUCCUCCCGGCCCAACAUGGCGAACGGUGUUGCCAUGGCAGCAGUCUUUUUCUUUGUCCGCAUCGCCGUCAUGCCGGUCUACUACAUCCGUAUGUACAUGGUGUAUGGCACCGAGGCCUUCUACCUGGUGCCCUGGGGGGGCCGCGUGGCCUGGAUCGGCUCCAGCAUCUGCUUGGACAUCAUGAACGUUAUGUGGAUGCAUAAGAUCGCCCGCGGCUGCUACAGAGUGCUGCGCUCGGCACAACGGAGCAAAGCCGGAGCGCCUCAGGAGAAUGGGAAGACGGAUUAAGGGAAACAAGGUGUCAGUGGUGGGAGAACUCCACAGCAGAGACUAACACGGACUCGGUUGACCCCCCAGAGCGUUUUGUUUGCAAAUCUAUCCACCUUAGGACCCGUUAUCGUUUGUGGGGUCCGUUUCUAUCGGCCUCGUGUAAAUAAUAGGGCUAUACGCACGCGAAACUAUAGCACACAGUGUGUGGAUAGCAGUUUGGACUGUCAAACCUGCGAGGUGAUGUUACAGGACCGAAUGUAAUGAGGGAAUUAUUUUGGAAAGCAAGCAUACCAAUGGACUGUUUAACAGACUAAGCCAUGGAAUGACCUGUUAGCAAUAUGAGCAUGGCAAAUUUCCUCUCCACCAAACAAAGAGUUCGUCCCGAGACAAUGGAUUACCACAAAUCGUCAACAAGUUUACUUUUCUUUAUGCUCAGCAAAAUACUUUAAAAUAUUUUGGUUUUUAUUAUUAUUAUUAUUACUGCUGCCUGAGUCCCGGGAUGGAAAUGAUGGAAUAUGUUGAUGGUAAAGCAAAGAUUUAAAGGGAACAUGGGAAACAUUCUCUAUAAUGGUCAGUGCCAUACAAUCAUUGUUAGAGGCCUGUUGAGGAAAAGGGUCAAGCAUCUCUUUUUCCUCCCUCCUUUGUUGGGACUUGACUGCCACAAAGGAGGGAUAUCAAGUGCAAUCACAGAGGAGAACAGUUAUUGAAAUCAUUGAAUCACUCACCCACUGUCAUUAGGUCAAGAGGUUUGAAUAAAAGCCAGCCUAUUAAGAGGUUUAUUUGAUAUUGUGAGUCUUUCUGCAUUUUAAUGGUUUGGAUUAAAGUGUUUUUCUUUUGUCUUGCUGGGGUCAAGGCAAAUCGUUUUUAAACAAUUCAAGUUGACUGUUUUUAAUGACAAGGAGACUGAUGUAUGGAGUACCUUGAAAAGGCCAAAAGGGAAACUGAAUGUCACUGCUGUGUUGCUGACAUUUAGCAAUGCAAAUAAUAAUAUUAAGGCAACACCAGAUAUUUAAAUCCACAUGAUUUAAUAGGAAUACAACCUGAUAUUUCACAGGAAUUGGAAACAAAUAUCACAUUGGAUACACAAAGUUACGUUGUUGACACUGUUUGUGGAAGCCGUCAUUAUAUUUAUUUCACAUCGUGCGAUGCAUGUAAAGGGAUGCUCAUUCAGAAUCAGUGUUGUAGACCAAGAGCAACGGCUUUGAAAUGUUGGUAGUAGAUCUGGCACUGGUCUGACCUUAGGUUUAUGUAAUAUUCACACUUCCUGUUUAUGAUAUCCUCACAAAUUGUUUAAAUGCAACAUUAGCCACAACAAGCUGCAUGUGUUUACCACGAUAGAAUGCACAUCUAGGCUAUCAAACUUAAUUCUGUACAUGAUUAUAGUAAAUUAAUUUGACUAGAUUUUGAAUGUUAAAAAUGUUAAUGGUUUGGUCAAAUCAGAGACAAUAAUCAGUAUUUCAACUGUUAAUACUUCUGUAUAUGUUAGAGAUAUUUUCCGGUUGUUUUAGAGCAUUUUGCUUCUGUUCUGUAUGAUUUCCAGCUGUUAAACACCAUGUGCACUUCCAGAGUUAUUCAUGAAACUGAUCAAAUAUGUACUGUUUUGUUUUCAGUUGAAUAUUGAAAAGUUAUGAUGAUUUACCCCAUCGUUGUUUCUUAAGCGUUAUUCUACCGACAAAGCAGUUAAUCACCGUACAACACUGAACAAAUCUGUACAAGGCUUUUCAGGACAAAUGUAUCAUUUGUUCAAAUUAAAAGAUGGCACUUCGUAGAUGAUUUACAACACUUGAAUUUAUAUUGAAAAUGUAUCUUUAUGAGCUGUACAUCAGAAGCUUCUGUCAAAUGUGUUGCUAGUUUUGAGAGUAGGCCUUGCUAUUCAGCAUUUGAUUUUGUUGCCUUUUAAAAACAACUUGUGAUUGCACAGUGAAUAUUUGUUACACGCCCACAGCACAGUUUUCCCAUGUCUGAUGCCUGUCUAAAGUGAUAUGUUGGCCUUUGUAUUAGCUCCAAAUGUAAAACCAAGCGUCAUGUAAAGGCUGGUUGUUUUAGUGCUUUUGUUUUGUUAUGGUUUUAAAUUCAAAUUACGUGCCAGUGCUUUAGCCAUUGCUACUCCGAUAUACUUUAUUUUUCAUAUCCAUGAGCAUUUUCAGUGCCAACCAUGGUUUGUUAUGUUCUCACACACAUCUCACAGUGUGAUGAGGCUCAGUGAAGUUUGGCUUGGUCAAAAGUGUGAAAGACUUUUACGCCAUUUUAUUACAGGCACUGUUUGGAACAGGAUGGACUCUGGCUAUAUGCUAUCUCACAUCUUAGAUAACAGUCAGGAUGUGUUCAUAUUUCAAUGGAAAUUAAAGGAAAUCAUAAAAGGGUUUCAGGUCAGCAUGACACUUCUGUUCAGCUGUGGCUGUAUGCAUGGCCGAUAAGGUCUUCUUCAUGCACCCUCUAUAACUGCAUGUGGUAUUGCAUGGGGAUCGCACUGUAAACAGAUAUACAUUUUGCAAGACAACUUUGGUUUUUUCCUUUUCUUAGUACAUAAUGUUUACUUAAACGUUAUUCUUGUACUGUGUCACAUAAUGUAAUCCACAGAUGAUGAUGAUGAUGAUGACAGCAUCAUAGAGAUAUUUUGUAUAAUAUCCAGCACAGAGAGAAGUCGUGAGGGAAUACUUGAAUACUAAUCGGCACAGUCUUUAACAAUCUGGGCAGUGCGAAUAAACAUGAAUACUAUGAGCAUCUAGCAUUGUAUCCGUACCAUUGUCUUUAAUUUAUUAAUCCAAGAGCAGAUGCUGCGGUAACAGAGAGCGCGGUGCUGGUGUCGGUGUUUCUGUUCUGAAUGUCGUACGGGGCAGAGAUGUGAGUAGACGGAGUGUUUAGUGACAUUCUAUGAAUGUAUUGGAGAAGAGAAAAUAUUUGUCAUUUACAUUUUCACUUGUUCUUUCCAAUAAAUACCAAAUUAACUGA